AUAACGAUAGCCUACAGCUGAUUGCCUUGCUCCCAUUCACGCAAUUUCUUCCCCGUUUGGGGGAAAACAAACGCAGUAACUACCCAACUUUCGGCACGUGCGGCGCCAGAACCCAGGACGCAGUGCAGCAGGCGAUAAGAGCAGGAAGCAACCUGCAAGUGCAACACAGACUGAUAGCGACGUACAAUGAACGCAUUGCGCAACAUCUUCACAUCGCGAACGCUCAACUAUUUGCGGCAGAAUGGCCAGAACGCGAUCCUCAACGCCACCCAGCAGCAGCAGGCGGUGGACGCGGUGCCGCUGGGCGCGGAUCCCGACCAGCAGCUGAAGGCGACGCGUCCCGCUCCGCUCUCCAUACCGCGCUCCAUCCUGGAUGCCUGCCAAUUCACGGCCAAGCCCUUUGACCUGGGACGCACUGCGUCGGGCAGCCAGGCCGGGAAUGGCUCCCUGUCGCCGACGACGCUGAAGCGCUUCGGCCGCAUGCAGCGCCGCAUGGAGCUCGUGUACCGCUGCAAGCUGUGCAACACCCGCAACACGAAGACCAUCAGCGAGGAGGCCUUCUACAGCGGCGUGGUGAUCCUGCAGUGCGACGGCUGUGCCGUCGACCAUCUCAUCAAGGACAACCUCGGUCUCUUCACCGGCAGCGACGGCGACAGCAGCAUCAGUUCGGGCAUCAGCACCAGCAAGAACAUCGACCAGGUGCUGGCCGAUCGCCAUGCCCGCGUCCGGGUGAUCAAGGUGAACGAGCACGGCGAGCUCAUCUAGGAACGCUAGUCAAGGGGGCAUCAGUA